AUGUACGGUUUCAGAAUCAUAUCUUCUUUGUUUAUUCUACUACUGUUAGUGGUGGCACAAGAGAAAGUUUUACCAAAAAAUAGUAUUCCGUUAGCAAAAGCUAUAUUUGCAUGUAAAUUAAAUGUGCAUGAUGAUGUGGGUUAUUGUCGUUCGGAUACUUCUGAAGAUUAUGGUUGUAUUUGUUCUAAUAAAGAUGCAAUUUCUUCAUUUGUUGGUUGUUUUGCUUACUAUCAGGAGAAUUCUACUGAAGCAGUUCAAUUCUUUGUUGAUUUCUGUAAUGAAUAUGGUGACACUACUGUGGAAAUGGAUGAUAUUUAUGAAGCUUACAAUAACUAUACUACCCAUGGUUAUUAUAACGCAUCUGCAUUAAAUGAAACCCGUUCCAAUUAUACACAUAUUGUUAAUAAAUAUGAUAAAGUUGAUACUAGUAAUUACACUUUAUCUUUGGAAUCAUCAAUUGAUCAAUUUUUAGUCAAUUGGGAUAAUACAUUCUAUUAUGGUGCUGGUAUCUUAGGUUUUUGGGCAUUGGUAUUACUCAUUGGUGCGAUUUCAAAUUGGAGUCGUUACAUGUUUCCAGGUUUAAUGACAGAUUUAAAUGGUCCUGUUUCCAACUGGCUAAGAAAACAUAUAUUAUUACCAGCUACUAUUGGACGAAAGAAAUGUCAAAAUUAUAAAUAUUAUAGAUUUGCUGAAUUCUAUAUGCCAUCAAGAUUUGAAUCAGUUAUUUUGACUGGUUUCACUAUUGUUUGUAUUAUCACAUUAUCUAUCAACACUUAUUUUGCUCAAGGAGAUGAAGUUAUCUUUUCCAACUACUACGCAAGAUUAAGAUAUGUUGCUAACAGAACCGGAACUUGUUCAACCAUGAUGUUACCAUUGGUUAUUUUAUUCGCCGGUAGAAAUAAUAUCCUUCAAUUCUUAACCAGAUGGAAUUAUUCUGUAUUUAUUACUUUUCACCGUCACAUUGCUCGUAUGAUGUUUGCAUUUGUCAUCAUUCAUGCGGUAUGUUUCACCAUUGCUUUAGGUCCUGCUUAUGCUCCAGUUAUGAAAUUGCCUUUUAUGAUUUGGGGUACUGCUGCUACUGUUCUUGCUGCUCUAAUGUUAUUCCAAGGAAUGUUGUAUCUAAGAAGAAGAUUUUAUGAAGUUUUUGUAUUGACUCAUAUCAUAAUGGGUGUAUUUUAUGUCAUUGGUACUUGGGAACACGUUGUUGAUUUGGGUUACAUGUGGUAUGUUUAUGCAUCAGUUGCAUUUUGGGUUUUUGAUAGACUUAUUAGAAUUAUUCGUUUACUUCAUUUUGGUUUCCCAGAAGCUACUGUCAAUUUAAUGUCUGAUGAAACUUUGAAGAUCACUAUUCCAAGACCAGGAGACUGGAAACCAGCACCUGGUGGCCAUGUAUUUAUUCAUUUUUUAACUGGUGUUACCUUCUGGCAAAAUCAUCCAUUUACGAUUGGUUUAAAUGAAGAUAACAAAAUUAACCUUUAUUGUAAAGUUAAGAAUGGUAUUACCCAAACAUUAUAUAAAAAACUUGUUAACGUUCCUAAUAGAACCAUGAAAAUCAGAGUUGCUGUUGAAGGUCCAUAUGGUGAAACUAGUGAUGCUAGAAAAUCAGAUACUGUUGUGUAUAUUGCUGGUGGUAACGGUAUUCCAGGAAUGUUUUCUGAAGUAACUGAUUUGGCUAAACGAUACACAUCUACAAAAUCAGUCAAGAAAUUAAAACUUUAUUGGGUUAUUAGAGAAUAUCGUUCCUUAAACUGGUUCUUUGAUGAAUUGGAGAAACUCAAGAAAACAAAUAUUGAAACCACCAUUUACAUUACUAAACCAAAAAGUACUGUUGCAAUUGAAGAAUUGGUACCGCAAGUUAUGUCCCCUAAAUUUGAUUUAAAGAGUUGUUAUUCAAUGGGAGAAGGGGAUUCCAAAACAUUACAAUCAUAUGAUUUAAAACAUUAUGAACCAAAAUGGAGUAUGGAUCAAAUUCAAGAAGCGGUUGAUUAUCAAUUAGAUCCAAUACGUAUUCUUGGAGGAAGACCUGAUCUUAAAUCAAUUAUCAAUUAUGAAAUCGAAGAAGCUCCAAGUUCAAUUGCUUUUGUUACUUGUGGUCAUCCAGCAAUGGUGGAUGAUGUUAGAGCUGAAGUUGUUGAUGCCAUUGGUAAACAUGAAAAUAGAAUUGAUUUCUUUGAACAAUUAUUAGGAUGGGCUUAA